UCGGAUUGUUUUGUUAAUAAACCUUCACAUCGAUUUGUGUAUAAGGAAUCGAGCAAGCGAUGGCAGGUGUUGGUGGUGCUGCUACUAAUGAAAUAGAUGAAUUCAUCAAUGGUGCCCUUGUCUCGUGGUUGGAAUCAUGUCUUCCCCGUCCGGAAAUAUUAACGGGAUAUUCAUCGCUUUUGGACGGUCAAAUCAUUCACAAUGUCUGGUUACAGAUUGAUCCGGAACCCCAACAUAUUCCCGCAAAUAUUAAUGAAUUGGAGGGUAUCGCACUUUGCAAUGGUCGUGUUAAAAACUUUGAGUGUAUUGUGCGCAAUCUCAAAUCAUUGUUCGAGGAAGAAUUAGGACAAACCAUUUUGGCACUACCUGAUUGUUAUGUUCUGGGUCAUAGUCCAGAAACGAAACAAGGUUUGGAGCAAAUGAAAAUUUUGCUAACACUGCUUUUAGGGGCUGCAGUUCAGUGCCCAAACAAGGAACUGUUUAUUGCUCGCAUCAAGGAACUAGACUUGGAAACACAACAUGCUAUCGUUGAAUUAAUAAAGCAGGUUACCGAUAAUCAUAGCUUGGUGUUGACAGAAGAAUCGCUGGGGCUGUUAACGCCACAGGAUAUGUAUGAUCACAUUCUACGUUUAACAAAGGAGCGUGACAAUAUGUAUUUGAAGUGGGUAUCGUCCGUGUGUGCCGAACGUAAUGUCAAUGCGUCGGAUUGCGAAGAUAAUGCAUUAAAUAUGACAAUGUCGUCGUCUAGUGGCAAAACGUCAACACCCAUAUCUUCUGCAUCUAAUGCGGACAACAAUCACAUGGCAGUGGAAUUGGCAGAUCUCAAAUCGAAAAUGAGGAAAUUACGUCAAGAAUUGGAAGAAAAAUCCGAAAGUCUAUUGGAAUUGCGAGAAGAGUUGGAACAUAAAAAUAGCCAAUAUGAAAAGCUGCGCCACGAAAGUCAAGAAUGGUAUAAUGAAGCCAAAAGGUCGGCCGCUUAUAGAGACGAAGUUGAUGUUUUGAGAGAACGAACUGAGAGAGCUGAUCGUCUAGAAGUCGAACUUCAAAAAUUCAAGGAGAAAUUAACAGAUUCGGAAUUUUAUAAGACUCGCGUUGAGGAAUUGCGCGAAGACAAUCGCAUGCUACUCGAAACUAAGGAAAUGCUGGAAGAACAAUUGCAGAGGUGGCGAAAACGGUCUGAACACGUAAUGACUUUGGAAUCAGAGAUAAUCAAAUAUAAACAAAAACUGAACGAUAUGGCUCUAGAACGAGAUUCGGACCGUUCCAAACUGGAGGAGUUAAUUGAGGAGAACACACAACUGCAGUUAGUGGCCAAAAAUCUGAAUACCACCUUGGAUAUUGACAAAUCAUUUUCCGACAACGAUGAGGAGUGUAAUUCGGGAGACAACAGCUUAUCUGAGCAACUGACUAACAACGCUCAAACACGUGCUAUCAAACUUGAAUUAGAAAAUAGACGUUUGGUCGCUGCUUUAGAUCAGCUGAAAGAAUCCUCAUUCCAUGAAUCGACAAACAAAUUACUGGAAUUGGAAAAGGAGAAGAAAAAACUUACCAUAAAAGUAGAACAGAUGCAGGAAAAUAUCCAGAGGCUUUCCCAGCAGAACAAUGAACUGGAAAAUGUGUUUAAAAAUGCCUUGGAGGAAAACAAAAAAAUGCAAAUUACGUUGGAUCAGAGGCAAAAGGCUUACGAGAAGCAAAGCCAAGAGCGGGAAGUGGAACGCAGUAAGAUAAUCGAUUUGGAGAAACAUGUCGAGACCUUGAACAAAGAAAAACAACGCAUUCAAACUCUGAACGAAAGCAUUCAACGUCGUGCCGACGACUUGGAACGAAUGGUUGAUUCGCGCACGAAAGAAAUCGAACAGUAUUCUGAGAAGUUGGAAGCAUUUGAAAAAACUAAAGAAAAUCUCUAUGAACUUCAAGCCAAAUUAAGUACAUACGAACGCGAGAACGCCAGUCUAUCCAAGGAAGUGUCCAAGUUGAAAGAAAACCUUGAAGAGAAAUCGGUUAAACUGGAUCAAUCGGUCGAAUUGUUAGAGACCCAAUCAAAAGAACUGACAAGAUUGUCGAAAGCAUUAGAAGAGGCCGAAUUAAUAAAAUCUCGUUUCAACGAAAUGGAAGCCCAAAAUCAGGAUUUGAUGUCCCAGCAUGAGAUCGACCUACAAACAAUUGAAACUUUAAGACAGGAUCUGGUCACAGGAACUUUGGCGACAAACAAAGUCAGGCAUAACUUGGAAAAACUAGGAUUGAAUGUUGACCCUACAGAUGACAAAGCUGAAAUAAAUGUUGAGACAGUGGUGGAGAAACUUGUCCGCAAUCCGGAGACAUUCAAGACCGUGCGCGAAAUAAUGCUUAGUGUUUCAAAAGAGCAAUCUUCAAAAUCAGACAUUUGUGUCCUAUGUCAUCGAAAGGAAGUCUUCACUGUCGAGAGAAAUAUCGAGUUGUCAUCAGUGCCAGACGCCAAAGAAAUAGCCGAAGUUGCAAAACUGUCCGAAGCGAACACACAGCUAAGUGCACUUAAUGUGGCCCUUCAAUCAACUAAUGACCAAUUACAGGCAGAAAAUGCCCGCUUCAAGGUUGAUGUGGCCACACUGGGUUCCCAAAUCACUUCGUUGAAUACCCAGCAUGUUGCCUUGCAAUUGGCAAACUCCCAGCUGGCUGCCGACAAAGACGUCUUGCUAAAAGAAAACGAAGCUCUGAAGCAGGAACAUAAGAAUCUUAUACACGAUCAGGUGACACUGCAAUGCUUGCACGAUCAACUAUCGGCCGAAUAUGAAUCGCUAAACAAGGGCAAGGAGCAUCUUAAGGUGGUUGUCCGUGACUUAAGAAACGAAACAAGGGAUUUACGUGAGCAAAUCGUAAGUCUGGAGACACAAAUCGAUGAUCUUAAGCAACAAAACCAAUCGAUGAAAUCAUGCGCCGAAGAUCUUGCCAUCCUACGCACCGAACAUUCAAAACUUACGGACGAUUUCCGUAAUUUGUUUGCCACCAGCGAUCGGUUUAAGAACGAGUACAAAAACAUUCAAGAACAAUACAAGAUGAUCCGAAUGGAAAAUAGUAAAUUGAAGCUGCAAAACAAUGAACUUACCACCGAACUGGGAAGUAAGAAUGAUCAAAUGAAAAUUUUGGAAAUACAAUAUGCCAAAUCUGCUCAACGUUGUGAGAUGUUGGUGACUCAAAAUGUCGAUUUGGAUGCUGAACGUAAAACUCUAAUGGAAAAUGUUUCGCAUUUACUUAAACAAUAUCAUGAGCUCUUGAACUUAAGUCUAGAAGACAAAAAACAUUUCCACGAAGAAGAAAAAAGCUAUACGGAAUGUGUGCAUAAUCUAAAUCGUCAAAAAGAAAAAUUAGAGGAAAAAAUUAUGGAACUUUUUAAAAAAUCGGAGGCUGUUGCUCCAAAGAAAAAACCAUUUGGCAGUAAUUUGGUUAGGAGAGUUAAAAAGGCCAGUUCAGAUUUAAUGAAUAAAGUUCCGAGUAGAAAUCGCCGUUCUUGGAUUGAUGAUUCUCGCUUAACACAAUCCCAAUUUAUGAUUGGAUCUGAAUCGGGUGGCAAUGAUUCUGACAAUAGCGCUGAAGAGCCCAUCUCCAUCAAUUCCGAUACUCACCUAUUUCAACGAAAUAUACCAAUCCGUCAAAGCUUGCAGCGUGACAUGUUGGACAAUUCCAUUUCUCGUGGUGGCACGAUGAGAAGUAGCUUGCAAACACAAAAACGUACGGAUUUGAAUAAUUCUCGUAGGAAUAGUGUGCACGGUUUGGAGGCGCCUGAUGUAACAGGAAGCAGUUUAACACUAGGCACGGCUGGUUCUAGGCGGACCGUGUAUCUGAUCGAUGAGAAUCAAAAAAUUCCCGAAAAUAAUCAAUCAACGUCGCCAACACUGCAUGGGCCAGGUGCUUGCAGCAGCAACAGCAGUUCCACAGCAACGUUAAGUGCUACACCAAACAACAAUGCUGAACCACAGACACCAAGUGGAACUAACAAAAUGGAAAAUCCAACAACAUUUCUAAUGUACAAUCGUAUUAAUAACAUUGUCGGUGGAAAUUCUUUAAAUGUAAGCAGCAAUAGUGAUACACCCUCUGGAAGUCAUGCGAAUAACCGUGAUAUAGAUGCACAACACGAUCAGGACAACAAAAUGGCACGGAAACGGACAGAAGACAAAAAUAAUAGUAUUUGGUAUGAAUACGGUUGCGUAUAA